AUGUCGAAAAGAAUUGCCAGCAGUUCUGCUCUCCAGGAGCCUCCAUUGAAAAAACUGCAUCUUGAUGUCGACAUUCCUUCCGCUUACCCUGAUCCCUCGACCACACAAUUCACCAAUCUAGAGAUCCACGAUGACGACAGGACAACGGCCCAGACGCCCAGUUCCAUCAACGAUGCCGAAUCGCCAGUCACGGCUGCCACCACCCCCCGCGCCAAAUUCCCCUCCGACUACAAGACGUUAGCAUGCACCUGGCCCGGAUGCCCCAAGACCUUCAAUCGCCCUGCCCGACUCCGAGACCACCUGAACUCCCACACAAACUCUCGUCCGUUCAGGUGCCCCUACGACGGUUGCGACAAAGACUACACCGUCGACAAACACUUGAAGCAGCACAUCAAGGCAGUCCACACCCAGGAGCGGAAACAUGUCUGCCCCCGCGAGGGCUGCGGCAAGAGCUUCGUCACCGGCACUCGAUUAAAACGUCACCAAGCCGUCCACGAGGGUGAAGAACGGUUCAGGUGUCAAGAUUGCGGACAGAGUUUCCGGAAGAGGGAAACGCUGAACAAGCACGUGCGAAAAGAGCAUCAGAACCUCGCCGCUUAUGCUUGCACGGAGCCCGAUUGCACAGUGGCGUUUGACACCAAGUCCUCUCUGAAACGUCAUCAGCAACGCGAGCACGGCGAGGCCAAUUUCUGGUGCCACGAAUGCGGGGUGAAAGAAAAUGAAGACGGCACCGAGUCCAGAGUCGGCUUCACGACAGAACCGUUACUUCAGGCUCACUUGAAGCACGAGCACCAGAACUGCAUGUUCUGCGAUUUCAAGUCCACCACGCAGGGAGAACUAGAGAGACAUGUCGAGUUCUACCAUUCAGGAAAGACCGUGGAGGAUCGCAAGAACAAGGUCUGCCCCUACCCCGAAUGCGGGAAGAAGUUCACCACCCAGUCGAACUGCAAUAAUCAUAUCCGCACCGCCCAUGAAGGCCUACGCUUCAUCUGUGGCGAGGUCGUCAUCACCGGUUCGGGGCUGGAGGCAUGGACAAACGAGCGGGGAUGUGGCGAUAAGUUUUCUACCAAGGCACGGCUCGAGGACCACGUACGAUAUGUCCACCUGCUGCAAGAACGGCCGAAACUCUCCGCCCCCGUCCGUGACAAGCCACCGCCGUCCCCCGAUGCUGUUUUUGACGACAUUGCCGGCAUCGCCAAUAUAGCCAGAGCGAACAUCACCUGCCCCAGUUGCCGCGAGGCCUUCAUCCGAUACGGGGAUCUAGAUUCUCACAUUGAGAAAUACCACGCCAGGCGCAGCACCAGCACCGACGCCAACGACAUACUUAAACCCCCAGAUCCGUCAAUCUUUGAACAAGAAUUUCCAUCCAACUGGCCGGAGGGAAUGGAUCAGGAGGAGAUCUUUGCAGCAGAGAUGGACUACGGCCCACCCCGGGAUGACUGGGCCGAGGAUGAAGCAAACAUUCUUCUUCUGGCUCGGGAUACUCCAGAUCUAGACGCUAGAAUCGACCCUGCCCUGGAGGCCAUCUAA